AAAGUCGUCCAUCUUUUCACAACCACCUUUGUAGGCCAGACAUCACAUGGGCCACUCUUUUCUUCCACCUAUUUCCAUUUUCUGCCUUGUUUCCUCGUUUUGUUAGACGAUAGAGGCGCAUUGUCACUGUGCCCCUUAAUAAUCCUGUCAUAUUGCCGACUGCUUCUAUAUCUUGACACGUACGGACCGCGAUCCCAAUCGGCUUCUUCCCCGUUUGCGCAGGCCACAACCUGACCUAGUCAGCCAACCAUCGCCUGUAGUUGGUUGCCAAAAACACACACAAAUCCGUUUUUGCAUCCCCAAUCUCCCAUAGAAUCCAAGAGAGACGCCUCAACGACGAAACACCGCGAACAUGAACGGAACUCUAACCCCCGCAGGGGGCAAGAGAAAGCCCUCCGACUUUGAGGACGAGGGGCCGCCAACCAAGCGCUUUACCAAUGGCAAGCUUUCCGCCGACGACAACACGCCCGACGUCGAGGACAUGGUCUAUGUCGAAGAAUCAGAUGUCGAUGGCGAUGUUGAUGCGCGCGAUGUUGUCUUCGUCGGCACACCAGCUAGCCUGGGCGAGUGGCAAGACACCAUCCAGAAGGUUGUUCGCAACGUCGUCGCGAUCCGAUUCUGCCAGACAUGCGCCUUCGAUACCGACCCUGCAUUGACAAGUGAAGCCACCGGUUUCGUUGUUGAUGCCGAGCGAGGAUACAUUCUCACUAACCGCCACGUUGUUGGCUCUGGGCCGUUCUGGGGCCACUGUGUCUUUGACAACCACGAGGAGGUGGAUUGCUAUCCCGUCUACCGCGACCCUGUUCACGAUUUCGGCAUUCUUAGAUACGACCCCAAAGCAAUCAAAUAUAUGAAUGUCGAUGGUCUCGCUUUGACUCCUGAGCAAGCCAAGGUCGGUGUCGAGAUCCGAGUCGUUGGUAACGAUGCCGGUGAAAAGCUCAGUAUUCUGUCCGGCGUCAUCAGUCGAUUGGAUAGAAAUGCCCCGGAAUAUGGCGACGGAUACAGCGACUUCAACACAUGCUACUACCAGGCCAAUGCCGCUGCUAGCGGUGGUAGUUCUGGCAGUCCCGUUGUUAGCAAGGACGGAACGGCUGUUGCUCUCCAAGCCGGUGGCCGAUCGGACGGAGCAUCCACCGAUUAUUUCCUACCACUUGAUCGACCUCUCCGCGCUCUGCAGUGCAUCCAGGAGGGAAAGCCUGUGACACGUGGUGACAUCCAGUGCCAGUUCUUGCUCAAGCCCUUUGAUGAAUGCCGACGCCUUGGUCUUAGCCCGGAGUGGGAAGCCGCUAUGCGACAAGAGUUUCCUGAUGAGACGAACAUGCUCGUCGCUGAAAUCGUUCUGCCCGAUGGCCCGGCUCACCAGAAGAUUGAAGAAGGUGAUGUCCUGAUUAAAGUCAACGAUCAGCUUCUGACACAGUUCAUCCGACUCGACGAUAUUCUGGAUUCUAGCGUUGGAAAACCUGUUAAGAUGCUUCUUCAGCGUGGUGGCGAGGAUGUUGAAAUCGAGAUCGAGGUCGGAGACCUGCACAAGAUCACUCCAGACAGAUUCGUCAGCGUUGCAGGUGCAAGCUUUCACGACAUCUCUUACCAGCAAGCCCGACUUUACGCUGUCGCGGUCAAGGGCGUCUAUGUCUGCGAAGCUGCUGGUUCUUUGAGCCUGGAUAGCAGCGAUAAUGGCUGGAUUCUUCAAACUCUGGAUCACAAAAAGGUCCCCGAUCUGGCUACUUUCAUUGAGGUAGCUAAAGCCAUUCCAGACAAGGCCCGCGUUGUGCUUACCUACAAGCAUCUUCGUGAUUUGCACACACUCAACACCUCAGUCAUUUACAUUGAUCGUCACUGGUCAUCCAAGAUGAAGAUGGCUAUUCGAAAUGACGAGACUGGCUUGUGGGAUUUCACAGACCUUGGCGAUCCUCUUCCGCCAGUCCCGCCUGUCCGCAGAUCCGCAGCCUUCAUUGAGCUCGACCACAUGCCUCAUCCUAACAUCGCCGAGUUGAUCCACAGCUUCGUCCAUGUCAACUGCACUAUGCCCAUGAAGUUGGAUGGCUUUCCUAAGAACCGCAGAUGGGGCAUGGGACUUGUCAUUGACGCCGAAAAAGGUCUUGUUAUCAUCUCUCGUGCCAUCGUUCCUUAUGACCUUUGCGACAUCACCAUCACCAUUGCCGACUCCGUCUUUGUAGAAGGAAAGGUGGUCUUCCUACACCCGCUGCAGAACUACACCAUCAUCAAGUAUGACCCUUCCCUGGUUGAUGCGCCAGUAAAGAGCGCUCGCCUUAGCUCCGAGAAGCUGUCACAAGGUGCCAAGACUUACUUCUUGGGUCAUAACCGCAUCGGCCGUGUUGUGCACGCCUCGACAACAGUGACUGAAAUCACUGCCGUCGCUAUUCCUGCCAACUCUGCCGCUCCUAGAUACCGCGCCGUCAACGUCGAUGCUAUCACCAUCGACAGCAACUUGGGCUCGUCCUGCAACAGUGGUGUACUUGUUGCGGAGGACGGUACAGUUCAAGCCUUGUGGCUAUCGUAUCUAGGUGAGCGUUCUGGCUGCAGCCAACGUGAUGAGGAAUACUACCUUGGCCUUGGAACGCCGACAUUGCUGCCAGUUCUAUCCACCAUCCAGAAGGGCGAGGUUCCCAAGCUACGAUUGCUCCCUGUCGAGUUCCGUGCUAUGCAAAUGGCACAGGCUUCGGUUAUGGGAGUAUCAGACGAAUGGAUCAAGAAGGUUACCGAAGCCAACCGCUCUCAUCAUCAACUCUUCAUGGUUAGCAAACGAACAUUUGAGCGAGGCAGCCAAGGACCGUCGUUGAUCGAAGGUGACAUUGUUCUUACUCUGAAUGGCAAGAUUUGCACAACAAUUUCUGACUUUGAUGUCAUGUAUAACAAUGAGGUUUUGGAUGCCGUUAUUGUACGAGACUGCGAAGAGAUCAAACUUCAGCUACCUACUGUCGCUGCUGAAGAUAUGGAGACGACUCAUGCAGUGUCUUUCUGUGGUGCCAUCCUCCACCGCCCUCAUCAGGCCGUGCGCCAACAGAUUAGCAAGUUGCACAGCGAGGUUUAUGUAUCUAGCAGAAUCCGUGGUUCGCCCGCCUACCAGUAUGGCGUAGCUCCAACAAACUUCAUCACUCAUGUCAAUGGACAGCCAACGCCAGACUUGGAUAGCUUCAUCGCUGCCACACGAAAGAUUCCUGACAACACUUAUUUCCGAUUGAAGGCGGUUACAUUUGACUGUGUUCCGUGGGUUAUUACCAUGAAGAAGAAUGACCACUACUUCCCGACAGUCGAAUGGGUCAAGGACAGCUCCGAAGCUUGCGGGUGGAAGCGAACUACUUAUGAAGGAGGUGCGACAAUCCAAGGCGAAGCGACAGAUGGAGUCCCUACUAUGGGAGAGGACUCUGUGAUGGAGGUAUAAUCUGCCGACAUCCAUCAAAUACUGUGAUGGUGCGAAUAGAAGGGAUAUGCUUUGUAUAAUUAGACUGCUUUUGGAAGGGCAGCAUCAAUUGGCGUUUAUAGGCAAAGAAGGAUAACAUGGAAGUCUGCUGGAGCUGUAUCUAUUACAUGACAUGGCCAAUAUAGUAUCUUGCUUACGAAAUAGGGAAAAGAGACUUUGAUCUUUAUCUGUGACGCCAUUGAUAUUUGUGAAACACCGGUAUUUAUUAAAGGAAGCCUUCUCGUCGUCAGCUUAGGAUUGGCGA